AUGUCACAACCUGCUCUCAAAAUUAAAUUACGGCUCAAUGGUCCUUCUAAAUCGGACACUACAUCUCCAUCGUCUUCAAACAAUACAUCAACCACUUCGUCCCCUGCACAGGUUUCAGCGAAGCUUGUCAAUGAACCUGAUCCAACAGCACCAACCUCACCUGCUAAGAAACAAAAAACGAGUCGACGUGCAAAGAAAUCACAUUCAAACGAAAAAACGCCACUGUCUACAGCGACAACGCCAGCGGCAACAACAACAACAGCAGCAGCACCUGCUACACCUUCUACGACUGCAGGCGACGACGAUGUAUCUGUAGCAGAUGAAGUAGGGACUCCAGCAUCAUCAUCGACAGCAGCGCCUACACCCAACGCUACCACAGCUACUUCAACAAGCAGACCACGACACCACCAUCAUACCAGCCAUCACACGUCAUCUUCUCGAAAAGAUAUUCUCAAGCACAAGGACACCAAGGUCCGCCAGUGGAAGCGAUCACCUUUGAUAUUCAACACAUUAGAAGGCAGAAAAAUUGAACUUAAUACUUGGCAUUCUGAGGAACCAAUGGCACUGAACAAACGCAAAACGGAGCCUGUCACUAUAGCCGAAAUCGACGCGCUAUACUCUGCUGCUGGCAGUGAAAAGGACUUUAGGCCAUUUUUGUGUACACAGCCUGGCUGCUCAAAGUCCUUCACUACAUAUGAUCAGUUGCAAACACACGAGACAAAUAUGCACGGCACCAAGAAGCUGAUAUGUGGCAUUGAUGGGUGCCACAAGAGCUUUGUGACUACUGGUCAACUUACCAAGCAUCGCAAGAUGGUCCACUUCCGAGCGGCACGCAAGGCCAAGAUUGCAGCGGCAGCAGCAGCGGCAGCCGCUGAAGAGUCGGCAAACGCAGAAGACUCUGCGUUCACAACUGCGGCUAAUAACGAAGCAACACCAACAACAGAAACGCCUCCGCCAGCAGCUGGAUCUUCAGAUAUGGUGGAUGUGGGAAACUCGGAAGACAUGGCAUCAUAG